GACUACACCUCUAUCACAAUCAUCUGUGUACCAAACUUGGACUAUUACCCGACUACCUUGCUUCACUGAACUCCAGUCAUCCGAAUUGUCAGAGCCACUGGACUCCUUCCUUGUUUUCCAGACCUUGACGAUUCCACAUAUCAGCAGAUCACAUUAGACAUUAUGGAGUCAGAAUGGCGUCGGAAAGAUUGGGUUAAGAUCCGCGGUGUCCCAGUGAUCUGCGCUUGUUCUUCAAACUGGGAGAGGAUUGAUAAAUUCCAGGCCAGAGAAAAUGACAUUGUUAUCGCCACCUACCCCAAAUCAGGUACAACAUGGAUGAGCGAGAUUGUGGAUGCCGUCCUGAAUGACGGGGACACAGAGAAGAGCCGGAGAGAUAACAUCUUUAACAAGGUUCCAAUGCUGGAGUUCUGGGUGCCCGGUGCAAUACCCCCAGGAUCUGAGGUUUUAGACUCUCUACCUUCUCCUAGAGUGGUAAAAACCCAUCUACCAGUCUCACUCUUUCCCAAGUCAUUUUGGGAAAAGAACUGUAAGAUUAUCUAUGUAGCGAGGAAUCCUAAAGAUGUGGUCGUGUCAUUUUAUCAUUUUGAUAAGAUGAACCAACUACAUCCGGAGCCGGGGACCUGGGAGGAAUACUUGGAGAAGUUCAUUCAAGGAAACAUGGGAUUUGGGCCAUGGGGAGCUCACGUCAAAGAGUUUUGGGCCUUAAGACAAGAAAGAAACAUCCUUUAUGUGUUCUAUGAAGAUAUGUUGGAGGACCCAAAGAGGGAGAUUCAGAAAGUAAUAAAGUUUCUGGGGAAAGAUCUUUCAGACGAUGUCCUAGAGAAGAUUUGUCUACAAACCUCCUUCAAGGCCAUGAAAGAGAACCCAACAACAAACUACACCGCCAUCCCAUCUACUAUUAUGGACCAAACGGUCUCUCCGUUUAUGAGGAAAGGAAUCUGCGGAGAUUGGAAAAAUCACUUCACUGUGUCCCAGAGCGAGAGAUUCGAUGAGUAUUAUCAGAAAGAAAUGUCCGGCACCGAUCUAUCCUUCCGCUUCCUGGUGUGAAUGAGCUCAAGGACACAACCUAGUCUGAGAACGGGUCUAGAGAAACCGUCGAAUAGCCUUGGUAGUCACACAGUGUGACGGUAUGUUCUGGUGAUAAUAGCCCAAACCCAAACAUCAAAUUGCUGAUCCUUCAACCAAGUACAGGACAAGUCUGCAAAAACGCUUCCGUUACAAUAAUACAACCGCAAGCAUCCGUCAUGAACAGAUCCGGUUGUAUUAUGUCUU